AUGAAAUAUCGCACAACAAAUUGUAACACAAUGUCUGGAUUAGUUCAUGCAUUGAAUAAACGUCUUGAAUAUUAUAUACGGGGUGUGAAAUCUGUUCAUCAUUAUUUCAGUUCGAAAAUAAAUACUGUUUUACACCUACAACGUCAUAUAUUCAAUCGAAAUAACGUUGCAAAUAAAUUAUUUCGUCAGAAGUUAAAAGAACAAAUGAAAGAAGUAUUAUUUGUCAAACAAUUGUUUCAAAUAUCGAUUUUAAGCGAAAUACGUCAUUCUGAAAACAGAAAUUUUUUUCACAGGAUGUGUUCUAAUGAAAUAAAAUCAUCGUUGACUUUAAAAAUUAUUGGAUUAGAAUCUCGAAUAAAUCAAUGUCGAGAUGUUCGUAAUCGAUUGAAAAAUAAUGUUGAUAUUUGUCAGCAAGAGCUACACAACUUAAAAGUUGAAGUUGAAAAACAAUAUAAAGAUAUUGAUUUCUUUAAAAAUAAUUUAUUUCAAAUAACUGAAUCUACCGAAAAUGUUCGGCAAAAUAUUGAACAAUUAAAAAGAGCUAUUAUCUAUGAGAAUAAAUCAUAUAAAUAUCAGGCGGAAAUUUUGAACCAAAAGCAUUCAUUAGUUAAUCAAAUAGCCAUUCCUGAAAUCAAAUUUGAUAAAAAAAGUUGUAUAUCUACUAUAAAAUCAGUUAUAAUCGACGAAAUGCAAGUUCAAUCACAGUCAACCAAGAAAAUUAUAUAUUUUGAUGAGUCACGAAAUAUUCAUCUAUUAAAUUUAGAAAUGUUGAACAAAAAAUGUAAAAUUGAACGUCAAAUAUUGAAUAUUCUAUAUAAAAAUAACUUGAGAUUAAAAUUACGUAUGAGUAUAUUAGAAGAUGAACUUGUUCGCUGUCAAAGUGAAAAUAAACAAAAAUUAAAAGAUUUAGAUAUUUGUAAACAACUGAUAAAAAAUAACAACGUUGACAUUUCAACGUUACAUCUCGAAGUAUAUUUAUAUAAAACGUUUCUUCAUUCUGUUCAGUCGUCGUCAACAAUAGUAAUCACGAACAAAAUGAUAAUAGCUGAACAACAACAUGAAUGGACAAUGUGUCGUGCUAUACCAUGUCUUAUUACACGAUCAGCCUCAUUUCAACAUACAACAAUUUAUCAUAAAGUACCAGCCAUAGAAAUUGAAAAAAAUCAACAAUUAUCAAAGGAAGAAGAGACUGAGACUUGUCAAAUACCUGAUUUAUCCGUCGAAACUGAACAAAAUGAAUGGAUUAUAACAAAAGCAGAGAAGGGUAAUUUUUUAAAAAUUUUCAAGUUAUACCCAGCGGAUACUGAUUAG